AGUGUUCGAUCAGCAGCAGUAGCACAACCACCGCCACCAGCGGCACCACCAGCACCUCAGCAGCACCACCAUGACUUGGGCCAAGACAUCGACCCAGCGCUGAAGCUUUGUUUGUUUGUUUGUUUAUUUAUGUAGGGCCGCUCACUGUUUCGGUUUCUGUUUUGAAUUUUAGCUUCAGCAUAGUCAUCACGAUCGGCGUUUUGGCGCAAUUAAUAAAGUGAGGCAAAUGAGGCGAACAUAUAGAAGUAUAAAUAGUUUGGGCCCCAACGCCGGCGCCUGCAUUCGUUUGAGCAACGUUCCAAAGGCAGUAAAGACAGAAACUAUUACGGCAUUCUUAUAAAGAUCCCUUUCCAAGUAAUAACCGGCUACAGAUCAAUUUGAAAAUGCGCUUGGAAAUGCUCUGUUUUAUACUUCUGGUCAUCAGUCUAAGCGUCAGGGCAGAUGUAUCGCAGCUGGUGAGAUCCGGUAAUGGAUUUGUGUACGAUGUGCCCAAGGUCACCGAGCUGGAGCUGGAGGUCAGCAAUGAGUUUCCCACUGGCGAGGAGUUUCCCCAGGACGUCAUUCCCGUGGCCCCAUCCGAUGCGGAACUGGGCCAAGCCGAUGUUUCCGAUCCGGAACCCGAGGAGCCAGUGAUUAGUGCCGCUUCAAAUACUAAAAGUAGCAGCAGCGUACACGGUUACAAGUACCAGAAGCCCAGCAGGCGCUUCAAGAGCUAAAUACCUUAAAACUAAAUCGAAUUUAUGUACCAAAGCCUCAUAAAGAUAAAAAUAAAAUCAAACCGAAAUCUA